GUUAGGGAGAGCAGGAAAGCCAGACACUGGGGAAGGGGCAACAUCAGCUGUUCCCCUCCCGCCAUUCUCCCCCACACUUCUCUGCCUGUUCUCAAUGAAUUUCUUAGCUCCAGUCACACCCCAUCUUGCUGGUGUAUCCAGGGGCAGGGUACGGAAAGAGGGGCCCAAAUUCAGCCUCCACCCUCACCCCAGCACCGGACACUAAGGAUGGACAGAAAAGCCAACCUUCCCUUCCAUGCAGUCCUACUUGGAAAGGGAGAUUUUAGUGACGUGUACAGAGGGCUGCUUGCUAGUGGGUUUUUUGUUUUUUUUUUUUUUUUUUUUGUUCUUGUUUUAGUUUUUUUUUUUUUUUUUUUUUUUUUAAUCUUCAUUUAAAUUAAUUUCCACCAGUGCCUCCCAUCCUCCAAACUGCCCCACCCCUCCCAAACUACCUUGCUCCACAAAUCCAUCCUGAUGAGACCGGGGUAGCCAACUGACUCUGUCGAGGAAGGAACCGGGCUUUGAACCUCGCCCUGAGCUGCUAGCCUCCCAGCCCUUUUCUAGGGGUCUCAUGCCAACUCUUCCGUGCAUCAGCCCCUCCCCAUCCUGGGCGCCUCACUUCUAGCUUAGCUGUCAGCUGUCCAUCACCUCUUGCUGUGUGCAUCCCCAUUCACUGCACCCCCAAGUCUGACUGUGCUUUUCUCUCAAUAGAAAGGUGGGGAGCUGCUGGGGAAAUUACCCCAUUUAUCCCUGUGUUUAUCCCUCUCGUAACUUCUCCCAAAAAGGAGGAGCUCUCAGGCCUGGGUGGGGGCCCCAGGGGGCGAGGGGGGCCGUUCAACCUGUGUGCUUCGAAGGAUGAGACUUCCUCUUGAACAGUGUGCUGUUGUAAACAUAUUUGAAAACUAUUACCAAUAAAGUUUUGUUUUAAAAUAAAAGUGUCGCUGGUAUUCCCGACUUCGAUCACACCCUCGGGGUGUAGGAAAGGGAAUUUCGGACCUCAGCGUCGAGGCUCGGGAGACCCUGGCCUCGGGACCCUGGAGAAACCAGUCCGGGACCAAGAGGCCACUGGAGGGAGCCGCCCGGACCAGUUCGACCGAACGGCAGCGGGAUCGGCCGGGUAGAAGGAGAAAGGGGGAGCCCCGCGCGCCCGCAAGCCCUCGUGUAGGCGCGGCAGGGCCGCUAGUGAGCUCUCCGCGGCUCCCUAGGAGCGCGGAGCGUCGGGCCGCGGCGCGGCUAGUUCCCGAAACAGCAGCGCCGCCGCCGCUCCGCCGAGGCGCUGCGCCCCCCGGGGGGAGGCGGAGGAGGCGGGCAGCGGCGGAGGGAGGGGAGCGGGGAGGGGGCGCCGCGCUGGGAGGGAGGCAGCGCGCACCGUGCAGCCGGGCCGGGCGGGAGGCAUGGCGGGGCCCCCGGCCCUACCCCCGCCGGAGACGGCGGCGGCCGCCACCACGGCGGCCGCCGCCUCGUCGUCCGCCGCUUCCCCGCACUAUCAAGAGUGGAUUCUGGACACCAUCGACUCGCUGCGCUCGCGCAAGGCGCGGCCGGACCUGGAGCGCAUCUGCCGGAUGGUGCGGCGGCGGCACGGCCCGGAGCCCGAGCGCACGCGCGCGGAGCUCGAGAAACUGAUCCAGCAGCGCGCCGUGCUCCGGGUCAGCUACAAGGGGAGCAUCUCGUACCGCAACGCGGCGCGCGUCCAGCCGCCCCGCCGCGGAGCCACCCCACCCGCCCCGCCGCGCGUCCCCCGCGGGGGCCCCGCCGCGCCACCGCCCACGCCCGCCCCGCCGCCCGCGCCCGUCGCCGCCCCGACCCGGGCGCCCCGCGCGGCCGCCGCCACAGCGCCCCCUUCUCCCGGCCCCGCGCAGCCGGGUCCCCGGGCUCAGCGGGCCGCGCCCCUGGCCGCGCCGCCACCAGCGCCCGCCGCGCCCCCGGCCGCGGCGCCCCCAGCCGGCCCGCGCCGUGCACCGCCACCCGCCGUCGCCGCCCGGGAGCCGCCGCCGCCGGCGCCGCCACAGCAGCAGCAGCCGCCGCCGCCGCAGCCACAGCCGCCGCCGGAGGGGGGCGCGGCGCGGGCGGGCGGCCCGGCGCGGCCCGUGAGCCUGCGGGAAGUCGUGCGCUACCUCGGGGGCAGCGGCGGCGCCAGCGGACGCCUCACUCGCGGCCGCGUGCAGGGCUUGCUGGAAGAAGAGGCGGCGCGGGGCCGUCUGGAGCGCACCCGCCUGGGAGCGCUCGCGCUGCCCCGCGGAGACAGGCCGGGACGGGCGCCGCCGGCCGCUAGCGCACGCGCGGCGCGGAGCAAGAGAGGUGGAGAAGAACGGGUGUUUGAGAAGGAAGAGGAAGAUGAUGAGGACGAGGAGGAGGAGGAGGAGGACAAUGUAUCAGAGGGCUCAGAAGUGCCUGAGAGUGACCGCCCCGCAGGUGCGCAGCACCAACAGAUUAAUGGAGAGCGCGGCCCUCAGAGUGCUAAGGAGAGGGUCAAGGAGUGGUCGCCCUGUGGACCCUACCAGGGUCAGGAUGAAGGGCGGGGACCAGCACCUGGCAGCUGCACACGCCAGGUGUUCUCCAUGGCAGCUGUGAAUAAAGAAGGGGGAUCAGCUUGUGUUGCGGCUGCUCCAGAUUCUCCAUCUCCUGUGCCUUUGCCCCCAGGAAAACCAGCCCUCCCUGGGGCUGAUGGGACACCUUUCGGCUGCCCUCCUGGGCGCAAAGAGAAGCCAGCUGACCCCGUGGAGUGGACGGUCAUGGAUGUGGUGGAGUACUUCACUGAGGCGGGCUUCCCAGAGCAGGCCACUGCUUUUCAGGAGCAGGAAAUUGAUGGCAAGUCUUUGUUGCUCAUGCAACGGACAGAUGUGCUCACUGGCCUGUCCAUCCGCUUGGGCCCAGCCCUGAAGAUCUACGAGCACCACAUCAAGGUGCUUCAGCAAGGCCACUUUGAGGAUGACGAUCCUGAUGGCUUUCUAGGCUGAGCACCUAGCCUUGUCCGACCCCAUCCAGUUCAGAUCCCACCCAUGGUGGCCCCGUAGUCCAGGAGCUGGACAUGGGGACCCUCUGAACCUUCCCAAGAGACUCCAGUGAGGAGGUGCUCCUCCCCAUUCAUUUCCCCCUCUUCUCGCCCCCACCUUAGUUCAUCCCCUCUCCACCAUAGUGGAAUGUGGGGUAGGAGGACUUGGCUCAGUUACCAGGGGCCCCCCUUUCACCCCAAACAAGGACAUUUUUGAAAAACAAAAAAACAGGGGAGCUUCCUGUGGCCCCAGACCCUCCUCAGUUCAGCCAGAUGUAUCUUAUCUAUGUUUUGUUCUGCCUAUUCGUCCUGGUGGUGGUCUCUCUUCCCACCGCCUGUGCCCUCCGCCCAGCCUGGCCCCCAGCCUCUGGGGAACAGCUGAGGUAAGGGACCUUGGUCCUCUGGUUCCUUCCCUUUCUGUCUGUCCAUUGUUGCUCCACCUGGCUGUAUUGCUUUUUAAUAUUGCACCGAAGGUUUUUUAAAUAAAACUUAAAAAAACUUUAAAGAAGAAAAAAAAAA